UUUUUUUAUUGCAGAAACAAAACCUAUAUAUCAAUCUUGUUCCCUCAUCACGUGACAAAAUACCUGUUCGGUUAACAAAUCAAUUGGUUCAUCAGUUGAUACAAAUUGAAUCAUGGUAAUGGAUUGUGCCUUCCUGGACUAUCUGCUGCUACGGCUCCUGGUGCUACUGUGGGUGAGCAGUCUGACAUCAUGUUACUCCUUCUACCAACUGGAGCUACCAAACGGUGACAAUGUACCCCACCCAUGUAAAGUGAACUAUCGAUGGCCAGGCCUGGGUCACCUUAACCCUUAUGGUGGAGGACCAAGAAAUCCUUUUGGGGAAGCGUUUCAAAAAGCUGGAUACAAGUGGACCCAUGAUCUAUGCAUUCAAGAUUCUGAUGGCGAUGGUAGAACUAAUGGCCAGGAGUUGGGGGACCCAUCUUGCAUAUGGACCAAAGGACAAAUUCCUGCUAGCAUAAUGGAUAUAACCCAUCCAGGUGUAUGUGAACCAAUAGGCUCUCCCCAAUGUCAAGGACAAAAUAACUUUGUAGACUGUCACCUGCAAGAAUUCGAAAACUGUAGCCGCAUUAAAGUGGAAGGUGUUCAAAACUUGACUCUCAGAUUCCCGAAGAAUGCGAUACCUGCCAAGGAAACGAGCUACUAUUGUAUGAGCUUUGACCUGCCCAGAGACCAGGACUACCACAUCAUUGCUUAUGAACCAGUCAUCGACAAUAGAGACGUAAUGCACCACAUCUUGCUGUAUGGAUGUAACUCGAAAAGCCCACUUCGUUUCAGUCAACCUACCACCUGUGGUAUGAAUGCCGAGAGCUUGGGCUGCUAUGACAUCAUCGGCGCGUGGACUGUGGGUUCGCCAGGGAUGUGUCUCCCAGAAACUGUUGGCUAUCGUAUGGGCAACACGUCCUACCAACGAGCAUUGAUGCAGAUACAUUGGAAUAACCCAAGACUUGUGCAGAACUACACAGACUCCAGUGGACUGCGGAUCUAUUAUCAACCUGCUAAUACAAAUAUUUCAGACCUCGCUAUGUUCAUGGUUGGUCAAAUGAUUCUAGAAAUACCUCCAGGUGAGACCAAUGUAGUCCAUCAAGGUAUUUGUCCUGGAAGCUGUACCUCAGAGAUCUUCUACAGACCAAUCAACAUCGUCACUGGUCUGAAUCACAUGCACUAUUUGGGUAGAAUCGGUAAAGUUGAAGUGUUCAGGAAUGGAACGAAGGUGACAGAUCUAACCUAUGACCCAUAUUACAGCUAUGACAGCCCUACAACACAUGUACACAAUCCACCCAUUCAGGUACUUCCAGGAGAUGAGCUCAAGGCCACGUGUGUCUACAACUCUGUCUCGUCCAGCAAAUAUGUGUAUUUUGGAGAGUCCACACAAGAGGAGAUGUGCGUCAUGUUUCUAACAGUCUAUCCAGCUAAAGCCAUCAAAGCGAACAACUGCAUGCAAGUUGGCCCUUUAAAUGCCUGUGACAGGAUGGCGGGCAAGCCGUGUGAAGGCUGUGACUGGUUAUCUUUUACCAGCCUGAAAGGUCCAAACAUCACCUACUUCGUGGAAAGCUUGAUGGCUAAUUGUAGUCUGGACGGUUUUUGUAGACCCGAAUGUCAGCAGGUGCGCCGGGAUAUUGCGCAACAUCCAUGCAUGAAAGGUGAAAUUGUCAAACUGAUCAACAUGGUUUUCAGUAGGACACAACAAGGGCUUCAGUUUUUAGUGCGCUACAAUUCUUGUCAAGACGAAGACAUACGUCAACCAGGGACAGAGACAUGCCCCAAGCAAUGUGAAUGUUGAUCUUGGUACCUUCUCUUCCCAUUACAGAUACUGUUUUAAAAAAAUGUGGAGAAAAUGUGGACUUUAAAAAAAAUGCUUUAAAGGGUGUGAUGGGCAGUGAGCUCUGUUGAAUAAUGAAAAAGUAGGGGAAAAAAGUGACUCUAAUCACAACUCAUAACAUUGGUAUAAGUUACUUCUUUCUUUUUUUGUGUGGGUUUUUUUUGAAGAAAAAAUAAAUACCAUUAUAAUGUCGAUAUGCAUAAUGAAUAUUGAUAGUGAUAAUGAAGCCGAUAUUGGCCAACUACUUCAUAUGGAUAGUUUUAU